UCUUUUUGUUUCAUUUCAGGUGACAAAACGCUGGAUGGGUAUCAGAAGAAGAAAUAUGUGUGCAAACUCCUCUUCAUAUUCCUGCUCGGUCAUGAUAUUGAUUUUGGUCACAUGGAGGCAGUCAACUUACUCAGUGGAAACAGAUACACAGAAAAACAAAUAGGUUACCUGUUCAUCUCGGUGCUCGUGAGCGAGAACAACGAACUGAUGAACCUGGUUAUUCAGACGAUAAAGAAGGACCUUCAAAGUAGGAAUGCAGUGUUUAUUAACCUGGCACUUCAUUGUAUAGCCAACAUUGGCAGCCAGUCCAUGGCAGAAAAACUAGGCAAAGAUGUACCAAAUCUACUCGUAUCAGCUGACACCAUAGACCAAGUGAAGCAGAGCGCCUCACUAUGCUUACUCCGUCUCUACCGUACAUCCAGUGAAUCGAUACCCAGCGGGGAAUGGACAUCUAGAGUCAUACACCUUAUCAGUGAUUCACAUAUGGGCGUUGCUACGGCAGGAUCCAGUCUCAUAUACGAUCUGUGCUUAAAGAAUCCAGAAGAUUACAAAGGCUGCAUUCAGUUAGCCGUUUCCAGGCUCAGUAGAAUUGUUACAUCAUCAUACACAGACCUUCAGGACUACACAUAUUACUUUGUUCCCGCCCCCUGGUUGGCUGUCAAGCUCCUGAGAUUGCUACAGCUCUAUGGACCACCAGACGACCCAGCUCUCCGGGGUCGUCUCACCGAGUGUCUGGAAACGAUACUCAAUAAAGCACAGGAGCCACCAAAGUCCAAAAAAGUCCAGCAUUCCAACUCCAAGAAUGCCGUCCUGUUUGAGGCUAUUAACCUCAUCAUUCAUCAUGACAGUGAGCCCUCCUUGCUGGUGAGAGCAUGUAAUCAACUAGGUCAGUUCCUACAACACAGAGAAACAAAUUUAAGGUAUCUUGCGCUCGAGAGUAUGUGUCUACUAGCUUCAUCUGAAUUCUCAAGAGAAGCAGUCAAGAAACAUCUAGACACAGUUGUCACGGCCCUCAAGACGGAGCGUGAUGUAAGUGUGCGCCAACGAGCCGUAGACCUGCUUUACGCCAUGUGUGAUAAAUCAAACGCAGACCAGAUCGUCGGUGAGAUGCUUAUAUAUCUAGAGAAAGCUGACUACUCCAUUAGGGAAGAAAUGGUACUCAAAGUGGCCAUUUUAGCCGAGAAGUAUGCGAGUAAUUACACAUGGUAUGUGGAUACAAUCCUCAAUCUGAUUAGGAUUGCUGGUGAUUACGUCAGUGAGGAGGUGUGGUACAGAGUCAUACAGAUCGUCAUCAACAGCGAAGAGGUACAGGGUUAUGCAGCUAAGACAGUCUUUGAGGCCCUUCAAGCUCCAGCAUGUCACGAAAACAUGGUCAAGGUCGGAGGAUAUAUCCUGGGAGAAUUUGGGAACCUCAUCGCAGGUGAUAAAAGAUCCAGUCCACAAGUUCAGCUCAAUCUUCUUCAUUCCAAGUUCCACCUGUGUACUGCUCCAACUAGAGGGCUUCUCCUCUCAACAUAUGUCAAGUUUAUCAACCUCUUCCCAGAGAUCAAACCUAUCAUACAAGAUGUACUAAGAAAUGAUAAUCAGCUACGCAGCGCCGAUGCUGAGCUUCAACAGAGGGCGGUAGAGUAUCUUCAACUCAGUGUAUGUACUUCAGCCGAUGUACUGGCGACAGUUUUAGAGGAGAUGCCGCCAUUUCCAGAGAGGGAAUCGUCGUUGCUUGCCAAACUUAAAAAGAAGAAACCUUCCGCAGCCGGUCCAGGGACAGAAGAAAAGAAGAAAGGGGGAAUAGAACUCAAUAGUAUAGGAGAGAGCAGUACGGAUUCAUUGGAGUCAGCAGCGUCCCAACCCAAGCCCGUUAUAGCCACGGCCAUGCCGACGGUAGCUGCGUCGGCGAGCUCCGGGUCGGCAGACCUCCUUGGUCUGAUGGAGAGCCCCGCUGCGCCCCCUACCACUGCCCAGUCCUUCUUUGGCGAGACCCCCGCCGCUGCCCCUACCAAUAACGGCGGUCUGCUGGUGGAUGUCUUUGGGGCCCCUGCUGGGGGUGCCGCCCCCGUUGGAAACAACCUGGCCCCUGAUGCAGAGGAGAGCUAUAGGAAAUUUAUUUGCAAGAAUAAUGGUGUGCUUUACGAGAGCGAUCAGAUGCAGAUCGGCGUGAAGUCGGAGUACCGUUUAAAUGCGGGCCGACUUUGUUUGUUCUACGGCAACAAGACGUCGUACCAGUUUGCUAACUUUGAAACCACGAUCAAUAAACUCCCGUCUUUAGAAGGAAAGCUCAAUAUCACUAUGGAUACUGUUCAACGAACUAUCGACGGUGGCGCUCAAGUCCAGCAAGUCAUUAACUUGGAAUGCCUCGAUGACUUUGAUGAGCCGCCAACGCUCAGCAUCAAAUACUCAUAUUUAGGAAGUCCGAGGACCCAAUCUGCUAAUAACGCCUUUGACAGUGUUGGUGGAUCCGUUCAGAGCAUGACCUUAAAGGUUCCCGUCAUGAUCUCAAAGUUCUUUCAGUCAACAAACAUGACAUCUCAAGACUUCUUUGGACGCUGGAAGCAACUCGGAAAUCCUGGACAAGAGUCACAGAAUAUUUUUGAGGCCCAAUUUCCGAUGGACACAUCUGUGAAUAGGACCAAGCUGAUGGGGACGGGUAUAGGACUUCUAGAUGGUGUGGAUCCCAACCCUGAAAAUUUUGUAGGAGCAGGCAUCGUCCACACAAAGAACCAACAAGUGGGUUGUCUGAUGCGCUUAGAACCAAAUCAACAAGCUAGGAUGUACAGACUAACAUUAAGGACAAGCAAACCUGUUGUAUCAAAGGUACUGUGUGACUUGUUCUCAACCCAGUUCUAGGCAGCUCUGUCCAGCCCAAACCAGUUAUAUCUGCUUCAAACCGGUUUUAGCUGGACAUCUUCAGAAAUAAGGUCAUUCCGAGUCAAGUUGUUUGUACUGCCUGUGAAUUAUAUACAUGUAUCGUAGCACCAUCCACAUCACCAAUAUUGAUUUAAUGUGUUCUGUGCUGAAUCUGGAUAUGACUGGUUCAACUUGCUUUAAACCAGUUUGAACUGGCUCCAACAUGCAUAAAACAUCAUGAAAACAACACAGAACUUGUUUGAUUUAUUUGUAAAUUUGGAAGGUCUCCUGUUUUUAAAAACGAAUUCAAAUGACUGUAGUGGUUUCAAUUGUGUUUCUACACUGCAGUACACAGGCAUGCUUAAUUAGAAUCAUCAUUCCUAGGUUGGCAUAAUAACAGCAAUAUUUGAUAUUCUGAAGAGAAACUGA